AUGGUCGCAGGUCCAACGGCGUCCAGCCUUCUCUCGGUAGAUGCGCAACCGUAUGCAUUCGCAUUCGAUCCGGCCCACACGGCGCUCCUAGUCAUUGAUAUGCAGAGGGACUUUCUCCUGGCUGGGGGGUUUGGAGACAUCCAAGGCGGUAACUUGGACGCCGUCCAAGCAUCAAUUGCGCCAACCAAGAAAUUGCUCGAGGCCUGUCGUGACGCUGGGUUGAAAAUAUUCCACACCAGAGAAGGUCAUGAGCCAGAUCUUUCCGAUUGUCCAUCCUCCAAGCUGGUUAGACAAUCGGCCGCUCCCCAAAAUGCACACCACACCCUGGUGAUUGGGGACCAGGGUAAAAUGGGCAGGCUGUUGAUACGAGGAGAAUAUGGCCAUGACAUUAUCGAUGUGCUUCAACCGUUGCCGGGCGAAGUUGUCAUCGACAAGCCAGGAAAGGGUGCUUUCUGGAACACUACCUUGAUGCAUCAGCUCAAGAGCUUUGAAGUCACGCACUUGAUUGUAUCGGGAGUUACGACUGAGUGCUGCUUUGCAACGACCAUCAGGGAGGCAAAUGAUCGUGGCUUUGAGUGCUGCGGUAUUGAAGAAGCCACGGCUGGAUACAAUGCAGCAUUCAAGACCUCAUCUCUGGACAUGCUGCAUUGGUCACAAGGGCUUUUUGGAUUCGUAGCCAAGCUUGGCCCACUGCUUGAAGCACUCGAAGUUGAAUCAUCUCGUGCUUUAGGGGGUUCGGCCAACACUCCACCUCAAACCCCUCCGGAUUGGGAUGGAGACCUACGGAUCGAAUCUCUGCAGCGCUCAUAUAGGGCUGGAGUGUCACCAAUGACAGUCGUUGAAGCCUUGUAUCGCAAAAUCGAAGCCUACAAAGAGGUAGACCCGGCCGUCUGGAUAGAGCUUGUCACCAAGGAUACGGCACUACAAGCUGCCGAGGCGCUUGUACGACAGUACCCUGAUAGGGCCAAGCUUCCUCCAUUGUUUGGUGUCCCAUUUAGCAUCAAGGACAGUCUCGAUGUGGCUGGACUGCCGACAACUACCGCAUGUCCACCGUUGGCCCAUAUUCCUAGCAGAUCUGCAGUUGUUCACGACAAGGCGCUUGCAAAUGGUGCAAUUUUCGUCGGAAAGACAAACCUUGACCAGCUUGCGACUGGUUUGUCAGGGUGUAGGAGCCCGUACGGAAUCACUCACUCGGUUUUUCACCCGGAUUACAUCUCGGGAGGAUCUUCAAGCGGCAACUGCGUCAGCGUUGGCGCUGGCUUGUGUUCGUUUUCCAUCGCAACCGAUACCGCUGGGAGCGGCCGCGUACCGGCGUGUUUUAACGGCGUGGUGGGCUACAAACCAACCAGAGGAACCCUGUCAACUGUUGGAUUGACCCCCGCGUGUCUUUCUCUAGACUGCAUCGCCAUCAUUUCGAAGACUGUCCGAGAUGCCGCGACGGUCAGCCGUGCCCUUGAAGGUUUCGACGAGAACGACCCCUAUGCGAAGCCCGUCAUUGCUUUUGAGAGACAUGUCAACUCGGUUGGGCCUUGGGCAAAGUCAUUCAAGUUCGGAAUCCCACCUGCAGAGGCUCUUUCUGCAUGCUCAGUGCCGUAUAGGCGGAUGUUUAAUGAAACGGUGACAAAACUGCAAUCAAUAGGUGGGGUUUUAACACCCAUCGACUGGUCGCCUUUUGACAAGGCCGGAAAGCUUCUCUACGAGGGCACUUUUGUAUCCGAAAGGCUUGCAAGUCUGCCUGAUGAUUGGCUUCCUAAGAAUCGCGCUCAUUUGCAUCCCGUUAUUGUCGAAUUAUUCAACCAAGUCGUCCAGAGAAACAGCUCUGCUGUGCAGGCGUAUCGCGACCUGCAGGCCAGGGCUCGACAUAUCCGCGAGGCCGAAAAGGUUUUUACCAAAGUCGAUUUUGUCCUGGUCCCAACAACAACGACCCAUUGGACGAUCGAAGAGAUGUUGGCUGACCCUAUCCGGAAGAACAGCAUGCUGGGUGAGUUUACACAUGCUGGAAAUGUGCUCGACCUCUGCGCUAUCGCAGUUCCCAUUACUACUUAUCCAGCCUCUGAACUGUCUGGGAAAACAGAUGACGCAAGGAGAUUACCGUUUGGUGUCACGUUGCUGGGUGGAAGUCGCCUGGAUGCGGAGAUUUUGCGGCCAGCGAGGAUGAUUGAAGAAGCUGUUGCAUCUGCUUAA